GCGCGGUCUCCAGGCAACGGCACCCGCGACGGCGCGGGGCUCCCGGCGGGACGGGGCGGCCAUGGAGCUGCCGCUCCUGCCCGGGUUCUCUCGCAACCGAAACAUAGGGAAAGAAAAGUUCCACAAGUCCCAGCACUGGGGUUACUGCAACAAUGUUGCUAUGCUGGUUGGAGAAGAUAAACCUGGAAUAGGAGGUGAACCAUUACCUGGUCAGAAGCCAAAACUUAAAUACAGUGCAUUUCCUGAAGGGAUAGGAAGUGAUGCUCCUGCUUGGGUGGCAUUUGACAAGCAGGUAUUGUCUUUUGAUGCCUAUUUUGAGGAAGAAGUACCUGACAAAAAUCAAGAGCCAUAUAGAAUCAGACAUUGUAAAAUAUACUUCUACCUUGAAGAUGAUACAAUUCGAGUGGUUGAACCCCAAGUGAAAAAUAGUGGCAUAACUCAAGGAACUAUUAUUCGACGGUGUCGGAUUCCACUUCCACCUCCUCAUGAAGAUCAAUUCUAUACUAUAGAUCAUUUCAAUAUCAACAUAGAAGUAAUCUUUUAUGCCCGAAGAUAUAAGAUUAUAGAUUGUGACCAGUUUACAAAAAAUUUCCUGCUGAAGAUGGGAGUUAGAUUAAAUCCUCCCGCAGCUCGUCCAGAUGAUCCGUACACCACAGAACGGAAAAAGAAUCUGGAUAGCAAGAAUCCAUUGCGUCCUUAUGAGCGCAUCGACACUUUGAAACAAUUUCUGGAGUAUGAUGGACAUGUUUUACGUUUUUUCUGUGUGUGGGAUGACCCAGAAUCCAAGUUUCAUGACCCACGGAAACUUGUUCUGCGCUAUUAUUUGGCUGAUGAUACUAUUGAUAUAAAAGAAAUUAUACCAGUAAACUCAGGCCGGGAUGCAGCUCUACGUUUUCUCAGAAGAGAUAAGCUUCCAAAGUAUGCUCCCACCGGACUGUAUCAGCCAGGCACCAUCACCAGUCGCACUAUUCUCAAUGUGUUUGGAAAGUUAGUAGGAAACAAAGGGAGAUACAUUCUGGACAAUCGUAAGACAGGAGCAGUGCAUCAGGAAUUUUACAGAGACAGUGACCUGAAAAUAGGGGCAGUAAUUAAUGUUUGGGGAAGGAAGGUGAUACUCUGUGACUGUGACGAAUUCACUAAACAAUAUUACAGGACAAAGUAUGGAAUCAUGGAUUUCACUCCAGUUUCACAUAAGGCUCCACCAUCUCCAAAACUGGAAAAAGUGUUUCCUCCUUAUAAUGGAUUUGGUUCUGAAGAGGAUUCUCUGUGCUCCUGUAUGGGUCUGCUUCUCAAACCUCCUAAAAAAGAUUUCAAGAAGUUCAUGGAGAAAGACAGAAGUGUCACGGAACGUAACAUAUUGCACUUUAUUGCAAAACUCAUCACAGAUAGUCCUAUUGAUAAGGAUCGUAAAUUCCUUAUUUCCUACUUCCUGAGUGAUGACACCAUUUCAAUUUUUGAAUAUAAACAGCGAAACACAGGGAUACUUGGUGGGAAGUUCUUGCGAAGAGGUCGCAUUAAGAAGCCUGGGCAGGAGCUCUUUAAGAGUGAGCCAUCGGAAUACUUCAAGGCUCAGGAUCUGUUUGUUGGAGCCAAAGUUUGUUUCCAUGGUCACAACUUUCUUUUGGUGGAUGCUGAUGAGUACACGUUCAACUACAUGGAGAGGCAUGCAAAUGAGUUCCCUGUGGCUGAUAUUGGUGUCAUCAUCAAGAAACUGAAAGAUGUGACCAAACCUCGUUCCCAAGAAAUCAGACAGGCAUUUGCAGCCGCUGACCCUGGGCAUACCGAGACGAUUAAGUAUGAUUCUUUCAGAGAUUUGAUAGUCAGUAUCACUGAUGAGACAUUUUUGGAACAUGAAAUUGUGACUCUCGGGCGCUAUUACAGUGUGAGAGAUGAAUGUGAGGUAGACAUCCACUUCCUCCUCGCAGUGGCUCAAGAAAAACUAAAGAAAAAUAGAUUUGAGAAUUUUGAACAAUUAUCUUCAGUCUUUAUAUACAAUGACCGUGAAAAAUGUGGAGUGCUGCCCCGUGAGAAGUGCAGGACUAUUUGCAAGUCCUUUAGGUUGCCACUGGCCGAUGAUGAUCUGCAAGCUUUACUGACCAUGUUUGAAGAUGACAGAAAGCAAGUGGAAUAUAAGAAGUUUGUGGAUGGGCUGAACUGGAGAAAGAAUCAAAUCCCUGCUUUCCAGGCAAUAAAGGUUCCUUUCAAGAAUGAAGAUGACUGGAGCAGACAGCCACCAUCCAUUCCUGUGAAAGGCGUCGAAUACUUAUCUCUUCUGGAUGUUCUGUUUGGCAAGGAAGAAUAAUCUGACCUGUGCAAGGCACUGGUUUUGAAUUAGUGUUUCAGCUCCAAAGCUUACUUAAACAGAUAUUGAAAACAUUCCUUGUAAAACAACAACAAAAAAUCAGAUAUGUGUUUUAUCGCAACUCAUUUCUUAUUCCAACAGAGAUGUAUACUUCGUGUGCAACUUUUUGUUGCUCCUUGUGAAUCAACAGUACUCUUUCAUGCUUAUACAAGCAUAAUUAAAACUGUAUCCUCUAAUCUUUGUGUCUGGUUAUAUGGAGAAUUUACAAGCAUUGAGAAAUCUUUGAGUCAAACAGAGCAAAAUCUGACUGACCCUACUUUGUUCUGCAAACAAAAAAGGUUGUUGGAUGACCUCUUAAAACAUUAGGUCAGAUUAUAUUAGUGUGAUAAGGUAAUUCCUUUCAAAUUUCCUUUCUUGCCCUUUAGCUUGUGCCUGUGUUUUUGCUCUAUCCCUGUGGUGAUUCAUAAGCAUUGUUUGUGUCAAAGUUUUUUAUGUUAUGAAGGAAAUACUAGCAAGGUUUUAGCACCGUAUAAAGUUGCUCUGGUAUCAGAGAUAAUUAUAGCCUUCCAAUUUACAAGUAAAUAUUUUGCAGACAUGGCACAGAAGCUAUCAGUUCUUGCUUUUUGAUUUAAAUGUGACUUGGAUUAGUAGCCACCCAGGUUUAGUGGGGUGAGACAUGUAUGAAGAGAAGGUUUUUCAGGACACUUUUAGUGUGCAGCUUUCUUGCAGUAGUGGUGUACUUGACCUUUGAAAAUUAACUGAUGCCUCUCUCUUUGCUCGAAAUCACACUGAUUAAGUGGAAUUCCUGUUAGCAUUUUUGUAUCUUUUUAAGCUUAUGCCAGCUC